AUUCUUUGUAUUCCAGUCAAGGCACUUGUAGUUUUGGAAGUUUCAAACAGGUGCCAGGACGCCGGCAAUUCGCCGUGCUGCAUGGGGGCGCAAUCGCCCAAAUUCUCUAUUUUGUUGCUCGCCGCCCACGAAACGAGCUACUUUUGUGCGCUGUGACAGUACAUCGCUUUCCCAUUUUACUGCUGACCACACGGCUCACCUCGUGGACCUUUACAAACUUGCCGUUGGUUGUCGAACUCAGCCGCAGCAGUCUUGUUACUGCCCCCGGCGAGCCCAACAUGCUUCUGACAAAGUUUCGCCUCACAUGGGCGGCCAGCCAGCGUGCUGGCCGCGCCCAGCGGGUUGUGAAGCCCUCUGUGGUCCCCAGAGCCACGCCUUCCACUUCGCGUCGUCUGCAGCGCCCUUGCCGUGCCAUUGCCACCGAUAUGGAGACCAGCUUCAGCUCUCUCCUUGACGACGAGACCGAGCUCGAGGAGGAUGAGGUCGUUUCGGACCAAGAGAAGGAGAUUGAUGAGUCUCUGCUGAUUGCCAACCUGGGUCUCUCUCCCGAGACCAUGGAUGCGCUGGCCAACCGCGGCAUCUUCAGCCUCUUCCCCGUCCAGGCGCAGGUGCUCGAGCCCAUUGCCAGCGGCCGCGACGUGGUGUGCCGCGCCAAGACCGGCAGCGGCAAGACGCUGGCCUUCGCGCUGCCGGUGGUGGAGAACCUGCUGGAGGAGGACCGCAAGACGCGGCCGCGCAAGGGCCGGUCGCCGCGCUGUGUGGUGCUGGCGCCCACCCGCGAGCUGGCCAACCAGGUGUCCCGCGAGUUCGAGUCGGUGUGCCCGGCGCUCAAGGUGGACUCGUUCUACGGCGGCGUGUCCAUCAGCGCGCAGAUGCGCAGCCUGGAGCGCGGCGUUGACGUGGUGGUCGGCACCCCCGGCCGCGUCAUUGACCUCAUGCAGCGCGGCUCGCUCAAGCUGGACGCGGUUCGCUACGCCAUCCUGGACGAGGCCGACUCCAUGUUGGACAUGGGCUUUGAGCAGGACAUGGAGACCAUCCUGGGCGCCAUGCCCACCGCCGCCGCCAACGAGCGCCAGACGCUGCUGUUCAGCGCCACGCUGCCCAAGUGGGUCAAGAGCGUCGCCAAGCGGUACCAGCAGAACCCGCUGACCAUUGACCUGGUGGGCGAGGAGAACACCGGCCGCCUGGCCGACACCAUCCGGCUGCUGGUGCAGCAGGUGGAGGGGGCGCAGAAGAUGAGCGCGCUGCAGGGCGUGCUGUCCAUGUACGGCAACACGGCGGGCGGCGGCAAGGCCAUCAUCUUCGUCAACACCAAGGCCAAGGCCGAUGAGGUGAACCUGGCGGUGAACGAGUUCGCGCCCUGCGACGCGCUGCACGGCGACAUCAGCCAGGCCCAGCGCGAGAAGGCCCUGUCUCUGUUCCGUGAGGGCAAGUACGCGGCGCUGGUGGCCACCGACGUGGCGGCCCGCGGCCUUGACAUCCCCAACGUGGACCUGGUGGUGCACUACGACGUGCCGCAGGACAACGAGGCCUUCCUGCACCGCUCCGGCCGCACCGGCCGCGCCGGCAAGACCGGCACUGCGGUGGUGCUGUUCACGGACCGCGAGAGCCGCGCGCUGGGCCUCAUCCUGCGCGCCACCAAGGUUUCGAACGCCGAGCUGGUUGGCGCGCCUGACCCGGCCGACGUGAUGCGCACCGCCUCGCGCUCCGUGCUGGGCAAGCUGGACAAGGUGGACAACGGCGUCGUGGACUUCUUCGUGCCCGCCGCCGAGCGCCUCAUGUCCAGCGAGCAGCCCUCGCGCGUGCUGGCCGCCGCGCUGGCCGCCAUGGCCGGCUUCCGCACCGUGCCGCAGCCGCGCUCGCUGCUCACCUACGAGGCCGGCUUCGUGACGCUGCGCCUCAUGACCAGCAAGGGCAUGGUGGUGGACGGCAUCCGCAGCCUGGGCGUGGCGCUCAAGCAGCUGACGGCGGCGGCGCCCGCCGGCCCGGCGCGCACCGCCCUUGCCGACGUGGACCGCCUUAUCGGCCGCGUCCGGCCAGUGGAGGGGCAGCCCGGCGACGCCGCGGAGGCGGGCCUUGCUGGCCUGGCCUUUGACCUGCCCACUUCCGUGGCGGAGAGCCUGGUGCUGCACUGCGCGAGCGCGGCGGACGCCAAGGGCUGGGUGCUGGACAAGCCGCGCUCCAUUGCGCUGGAGGUGGACGCGCUCAUGAGCGGCAGCCGCGGUGGCGGCGGCGGCGGCGGCAGGUUCGGCCGCGACCGCGACGGCGGCCGCAGCGACCGGUACGGCGGCGGCGGCCGCGGCGGCGAUCGCUACGGAGGCGGUGGCGGCAGCCGGGAGCGCUUCGGUGGUGGCGGCGCGUCGCGCAGCUACGACCGCAGUGACCGCGGUGACCGCAGUUUCGGCCGCGGCGGCGGUGGUGGCGGUGACCGCGACCGCCGCAGCGGUGGUGGUGACCGCGACCGUCGCAGCGGUGGUGGCAGUGGCGGCUCUUACUCGGGCAGCAGCUACGACGAUUGGAGCAAGGGCGGCUCGAGCGGCGGUGGCAGCUGGGGCAGUGGCGGACGCUCGUCUCGCAGCGGUGGCGGUGGCGGUGGCGGUCGCGACUCAUACUACCAGGACUCUAGCCGCUCCCGCAGCGGUGUGGCGGCACGCAGCAGCCCCAGCACCGGUGGCAGCAGCGGCACUGGCAGUGCGGCGCCGUCUAAAGCCCGGCGCAUGGACGACCCCGCUACCGCGGAUGGCUGGGGCCAGUGGUAAAGGGCCGUACGCGCAGGUUUAGGCGGCUUGCGUCUGUGCACAUAAACACACAGCGGGGUUCGCGACCGGCAAUAGGGAGUUCUUGCGAUGAGGCAAGCAACGGCGCCGGGUUGUUUUGAAGAUUGGAGGUGCGCCGUGCGUUUGACUGUGGCGUGAGCUGAACUAGUGAUUGGUGGUUGUGGAGGCAUCUUGACCUGGCUCCGCCCGGACACAUCGUGCGGCGCUGGAGGUAGCCGACAAGCGUGCUGAGGUUUUGGGUUCAGUGGCCGUGUCGUAUCCAGGUUGUAGUGACAGUGCGUUUGAUUAGCGUUUUGUGGAUUGACAUCAACGCCGCGGCGGCCGGACAGGCGUUCCGACAGCUGGUCGCGUGCAGCCGAGACGGAACCCGACCUGGGUGCCCCGAUGAAUACUGGGGCGAUAGUGACGCCUUGAUGAGUGGAAGCAGAAGCUAGAGAGGGCUUGCGAGAGUUCAGAGCGGUACUGGUGUGUGCAACAAUUUUUGGUCUUGAAGAGGGCAUUCGAGAGAAUGUGCAUCGCUGCCAUACCGGCGCGGCCAAGGAGUCCUGGCCAUUCGUACGUGCGUGAUAUUAGUGUUUAGCGUUUGUUGGUCAAGGUGGUUGCUUAGAUCGGCUGGGUAUGAGAUGAUACAGCUUAAUAAGUGCUUGCGGCGGGGCAGCAAGGUCGAGGGCUAUGUGCGGUACGGGGUAUGUCGUCGCCACCGUCGCUUCCACAUUUGCCGAUUGGGUCUGCUGCAUGUUGCGCACGGCGGAGUAUGGUGAGGUUAUGAAAUGGCGACGUCUGACGCGAGGCAGUCACCUGCGGGAAUGCGGCGGUCGCAAACAGGAUGGGUCCAGGAAGACUCGUACAGGGUAAGAUGAUAAGGAUACUCGGUCCCUUGUGUCCUGUCGCGCUGUAUCGACUUUCAAGCCCUAUGCUCAUACAUCGUCAGUGUCAGCGGUUUGCUGGGGGGUGCUAUAUUGCCUGCAUGCCCAGGCUACCGCUGCCACGGCACGCACUGUGCAACAGCAGUUCAUUGGGUCGCCUCAG